AUGUUAAUCGGUUCAAUAGCACAAAUAGAACAAGAGACGUCACAGAAUGCUACUACUAUUACAACAGAAUGUCAUAAUAGUUCACAUAUACAAACUUCUACUCAGAAUCACACUGUUGAAAUGAAAAGCUUAAAACUUGACAAUUUUGAUUUAUCAAGUACUUAUGAUAGGUUUGUUCGACCAUACAAGGAAAAAGGAAUGGAUCCUACAUCCUUUCCAUAUAUUGAUAAACUUCCUGGAAAAAUGAAAAUAGUUGCAGAUAAAAGUCUCAGGAAACUUGUAAAUAAAUCAUCUAAACGAAAAAAAUGGAAUGAAAAAUAUCCACCAGAAAAAUAUCCAUUGGACUCUAAAACUAUCGAAUGCAAUAUGUUGAAUUUACUUCGACCAGGAAUAAUUCCCGGAUUUGAUCCAGCGGAAUAUGGAUUAGUUGAUGGAUUAGUUGACGUAUUGAAAAAAAAGCAUAAAAAUGAAUUUGAUUAUGAAGGCGAGAGACGGAGAAAGCAUAAACAAGAUAAAGAACGUAAAACAAAUGGUAAAGAUGGAGAAUAUAAAAAAAAGAAACGGAAAAUGUGA